AUCUGAUUAGGAUAUUACGUAGAUUUUGGGAGACGAUUUAGCCAAAUCCAAAACGAUUGGUGGACCGACCAAGUAUACAGGGGAUUUCCUGCAAAUAUAUGCGCGGGGCCGAAUCGCAAUAAAAUUGUUUUUUUGUUUUUUUAGCAUCCAAAACACAGUUGUUGCUCUUUAACAAACAUUUCAGGUCCAACAACAUAAAUUCUCUUUUGAGUUUCUAAGUUGUGGUUUUGUUUUUGUUUUAUUAUUAUUCUUAUUUGAAUAAGAAAUUCGGACAUCAUGAGCACGAUCAAGAAGAAAAAGCACGGCGAUGAGUUAAUCGCCGUCCAGAUUCUACAGGGUUUUGUCUUCCGCCGCCACCGCCACCGUCACCGCCGCCUCCACCACCUCCCGCCGGUCCUUGCCGCCGUUUCCGGAAGCUUACUCCUCCUCAUAGCCCUUAUUCUCUUCCUCUUCCCUCCCAUCUCCACCCACCAUACCCUCCACCACCUCAACACCUCGUUGAGUAACAGAGUUCACAUCAAAAUCGAGAAAGAUAGAGUUUUUCGUGUCCCGAUGGGUGGAGGAAGCUUAGGCCGCACUUUGUGGACUUGGAACCAAUCCGAUUCCUCUUACGGAUGCAGUAAUGCCAGCCACAAUUUUCUAGCUGCGGAUAUGAACACCGAACCCAACCGAUACUUGUUGAUUGCGACUAGUGGAGGCCUAAACCAGCAAAGAACAGGAAUAGUAGAUGCCGUUGUUUCAGCCUAUAUUUUGAAAUCGGCCCUCGUUGUGCCUAAGCUCGAUCAAAAAUCCUUUUGGAAGGACGCUAGCAACUUCUCGGACAUAUUUGAUGUCGACUGGUUCAUAAGGUACCUGUCGAGGGACGUCAAAAUUGUUGAACAGCUUCCCAUAAAAUCUGGGAAGGUAGUAACUACUCGUGCACCGAGGAAAUGCAAUCAGAAAUGCUAUGAGACUCGUAUACUGCCCAUCUUUCGUAAAAAGCGCGUGCAGGCCAUUCGGCUCACCAAGUUUGAUUACAGAUUGUCGAAUCGUCUUGGCCCGGAUUUACAAAAGCUGAGAUGCCGAGUGAACUAUCAUGCCUUGAGAUUUACUGAUCCCAUUCUAGAGAUGGGAAUGAAGUUAGUCGAUAGGAUGAGAGCGAAAAGCAAGCAUUAUGUUGCCUUACAUUUAAGAUUUGAGCCCGAUAUGCUUGCAUUUUCCGGAUGCUACUAUGGUGGUGGCAACAAAGAAAUCAAAGAGCUCGGCACAAUACGAAAGAGGUGGAAAACUUUACAUACAAAAAACCCGGAAAAGGAGCGGAGGCAUGGGAAAUGCCUGCUAACUCCCGAGGAAGUUGGGCUGAUGCUAAGGGUAUUAGGCUUCGGGAAAGACGUGCAUAUUUACGUAGCGUCGGGUGAAGUUUAUGGAGGUGAGGAGAUUUUUGCACCUCUUAGGGCUCUUUUCCCGAAUAUUCACACGAAAGAGACUAUUGCCAGCAAGGAUGAACUGGUGCAAUUCUCUCCUUACUCGUCUCGCAUGGCCGCACUCGAUUUCAUCGUCUGUGAUGAAAGUGAUGUUUUUGUUGCAAAUAACAAUGGUAACAUGGCCAAAAUGCUCGCAGGCAAAAGGAGAUACUUUGGUCACAAACCAACUAUACGCCCGAAUGCAAAGAAGCUUUAUCAGGCGUUUGAAGAGCGGAAUAAGAUGACGUGGGAAGAAUUUGCCUUUUUGGUGCGGAAAUUCCAGGUGGGAUUCAUGGGGGAGGUGAGGCCCGGGAAGGGGGGAUUUCACGAAUACCCGCUGUCUUGUAUAUGUGAAAAUAUGGAAUCAAGGGCUCUUCGGGAUUCGGCUCUUCUUCAGAAUAGAGCUAAAAACGAUGCAGAUAAAAGUACUGAUUCCAAUGUGAAUGAUGAAGGGUUAUCAGAAGACGAGCAAGAUUUGUCGGAAACAGAAUAUUACAGUGAAGAGGUUCACAUGGCCAUCAGAAAACUCCUUUUCCUGUCCAAACAUGUUCUCCUUCGUCACCAAUUAUUGACAUCUCAACAGGUAUCAGGUAAUUGGUCGAGGCUACUGCCGGUCCCUCCAAAUGGGUAUCUGUCGAGACGUGAGUUCAGCAUGUUUAAUGAAUUAUCUGAGAAGAUUAAAGGGGAAGUUGAAAGGAAUCAAGAUUUUCAAAAAUCCAUUAAGGAAAUCAAGGAGAAGGCCGAAGAACUGAAAGGAGUCAAAGAAGAUUUGAAAGUUAGAACGAAGCAGACUACCGAGCAGCUGUACAAGCAAGUAGACGGUGUCUGGAAUGAGGCUGAAGCAAAGGCAAAGAGGGUAUAUGCCGAUGUUGAAGAGAAAAUAUCUGCUGCUAAAGAGGAGGUAAAAGGAAGCUUUGGUAUUGGAAAUCAAGAGGCAGCAAAGCAAGACAGUGAAAGCUCAAAUAACAAAGAUGGAAGCAAGUUUUCUUUUGGUGAAGAAAAGCAAGGUGAUGCUGAAACUCUAUUCAGCAAGUUCAAAUUUGGCAUUCCUUCCAUUUCUCCGAAGGUUUCAUUGGCAUUCCAAAAAGUAAAAGAAGCAAAACCGGUGGAUUUGGUGAAGAAGGGUUAUGAGAUUGUGAAGGAUGAACUGAAAGGUAACCCCAACAGGAGGAAGCAUCUUGAGUAUGAUGCUUUUACCACUGCUCAACCACAAAAUAUCGAGAGAAGUACUCGGACAGACAUUGUCGUGUUACCUUCAACGCAGUCUCCAUGGAGCAAGAAAUGGGAAGCCUUUAAGAACAAGAUGCGAGGCCAUCCUGUAUUCAAGAGUGUCAGUGGGAUUAGUGAGCCUGUAAUCGGAAAGAGUCAGGAGAUUGCUGAAGAUAUGCGGGAAAGGUGGGAGACUAGUGAUCAUCCAGUUGUUCACAAAAUUCAGGAUAUUAGUGAAACUGUUCUUGGAGAAUCAGAUGUUGCCAUGUCAUUUAAAGAAAUCAGGCGCAGGGAUCCAACUUUCUCGUUACCUGAAUUUGUUGCUGAGGUUCAAGAAGUUGUCCAACCAGUUCUCAAUGCUUAUUUCAAAGGGGAUACUGAAGUACUGAAGAAGUAUUGUAGUUCUCAUGUAAUUGAGCGGUGUAAAGCGGAGCACAAAGCCUAUAAAAGCCAGGGAAUAUUUUUUGAUCAUAAAAUAUUACAUAUAUCAGAAGUUGAAGUUCGAGAGACCAAAAUGAUGGGGGAGACUCCCAUAAUUAUUGUGGCUUUCCAAACGCAACAAGUUUAUUGUGUUCGUGAUAAACUUGGCUCAGUGACAGAAGGUGGUCAGGACACGAUCCAUACCGUGUUUUAUGCUUGGGCUAUGCAGCAGUUGGAUCCAGAAGAAGUUGGGGAAGGGGCCCCUUACUCCAUAUGGAAGCUUCGAGAAAUUCAGCAGCAAGGUGUCCAGGCCCUCAUUUAAAUCUUUUGCAAUUUUAGCCACUACUAUGUCAAAUUAGAGAUACACUUGCUCUGCCACCUGAGUGUUCUUUUGUCUAAUCGUGUCGACAAGUUUUUGUCCCGUUGUUUUGCCUGACGAGCCAUGGUUAGAAAAGCAAGGUCACCAUUUUUUGUGUUUACGUAAUUUCCUUGAAUGUGUAAACAGUAAGAUCAUUAGUAAACGCGUGCUGAUCUCGAUUAACACAUCUUGAGAGGAUAUGAUUGAUGCAUGAGUUGAAUCGAAUCAAAACUGCAUUUUGCAGGGAAUGAAUGAACGAAUGAAUGAAUAUAUAUCUUUGUUGCAUAAUAGGUGAGAGGCUUUGAAAUAUGUUUAUACUUUUGUAUAUAUAAGAAAUGAAGUACAAGGAAUGCUUUGUUCUUAGUGAAAAAUGUAUUUUCAUUCGGGAACCUUAACAAAGAAAUGAUGGAGAAAACUAGUUGAAUGGGUUGACAUUUCUUUGCGGACAAAGCUAUAAUCUAAAUUAUGAGCGGACGAUCUUACUAGUGAUUGUAAU